AUGAAGCAAGUAUUCGGUGCCGGUCAACAAGGCUCUCUCGCUGUCCCCAUCACAGCUGGUAUAGCUGCUCUAGGAGCAGGAGUAUUCUACAUGGGUAGAUCCAAGCCCGACACCACCCCUGAACAAGAUCGCAAAUCACGCGCCGAGGCCAAAAAGGCAGAAGGCCUUAGCGGUGCAGGCAUUGGAGGAAACGCCGUUACGGGCGGUCAUGAGCUGAGCCACGCCAAGAACUCAAGAAGCAAGGAGAAGACCACAGCGCCUCUCGAGAAGCUCCCCAGCGGCGGAGUAGGAGGUGGCGUUGGCGGCGGAGGUUCCAACGUCCGAACCUCAGUCGAGAUGACGGCCAAGGAGAACAGUCCCUCCAGGUCAGGAGCCUAA